UGUGUAUAAACUACUCUAUUCUCACAAUGACAGGUCCAUUUUUUUGGAUUGUGACUCUUUUAAUAGGAGUAGUUGUACUCUGGUUUCUGGCUGGAAGACGUAGAAGAUGUAAAGGAGAGCCUCCACUGGAGAAUGGUUGGAUUCCAUUUUUUGGAGUUGGAAUAGAAUUUGGGAGAGAUCCCCUAAAGUUCCUUCUUUCAAGAAAAAAAAUAUAUGGAGAUAUAUUCACCUGCAAGAUGGUGGGAAAGUAUGUUACAUUCAUCACAUGCCCUUUUACCUACAGUGCUUUGUUUCGUCAUGGAAAAGAAUUAGAUUUUCAAGUAUUUGCAAAGGAAACCUCGGCAAAGGCAUUUGGUCAAGUAGACUACAAUGAUCCCAGAUAUGAUGUUACUACUGAAGAGUUGCACCGGACUCUUAAAGACCUGCAGGGAACCAGCCUGGAUACUCUUGCAAGCAGCAACAUGCACAACUUUCAACUUGUUAUGUCAAGAAUCAAACCUCCACUUGAUACCUGCUGGUGUACAGAUGGUCUUCAGAGUUUUCUGUUUAGAAUACUAUUUGAAGUAGGUUUUCUGACCAUAUUUGGAAGAAACAAAAUGGCUGUGGAAAAAAGUGAAGGUUUUGAUACUGAAAUAAGAAUUAUGCAGUCUAUUUUUGAAGAUUUCAUGCAGUUUGACAGUAAGUUUCCACUUAUUGUUGCUGGUUUCCCAAUAAACAUCUUUAGAGCAGCAAAGAGAGCCAGAGAACAAUUACUACAAAAACUUCUACACACUGACCUAAAGCAGAAUACUGGUAUAUCUUCACUAAUUAAAGAACGAAUGAGCAUUCUUGAUACAUCACCAACUCUUACAGAGAUGAACAAAGCUUCAACACAUUUGGUAAUGCUGUGGGCAUUACAGGCAAACACUUUGCCAAUGGCUUUCUGGACUUUUUUUUAUCUUCUGAGGACACCUGAAGCACUGAAUGCUGCAAAAUGUGAGGUUGAGAGAGUGCUUAGUGCAACAAACCAAAAAGUCACAAAUGUUAAUCAUUCAAUUAACCUUACAAAAGACCAGCUUGAUAGCAUGACCACACUAGGAAGCAUAAUCAGUGAAGUAUUACGAUUAACUGCUGCUUCAUCAGUCAUCCGCUGUGUCAUGAAUGAUUUUGUACUGGAACUGGAUUCUGGGCAAGAUCUGUCCAUAAGGAAGGGAGACUGGAUUAUUUUGCAUCCUCGUGUAAUACACUUGGACCCAGAUAUCUAUGAAGACCCCAUGGAAUUUAAGUACAACAGAUUCCUGGAUGACAAUCAAAAAGAGAAGACAGACUUUUACAAAAAUGGGAGGAAACUCAAACAUUAUUUAAUGCCAUUUGGAGCUGGGGUCAGCAUGUGUCCUGGGCGUUUCUUUGCAAUCAAUGAAAUCAAACAGAGUAUGUGUAUGCUACUUCUCAAGUACGACAUGGAGCUCGUUGAUCUUACUGAGCCAGUUCCUCCUGUUGAUAACUCAAGAGCAGGUCUAGGAGUACUGAUGCCAAAAUAUGAUGUCCAGUUUCGCUACAGACUAAAACUCCAUUCCUCAGAUUAACUUCAUUGUUAAAUUCACAGGAAUUGACACCUAAGCUCUACCUUCUACUAUAUUAAAAUUGGAAAUAUUGUGCACAUGUUAAUGCCAUCUCUUUGGAUUAUUAUUGGAAUGUAAGAGUAGUUGAAGCCAAAUGCUCACAGUAUAAAGGGAAAAUCAAAUCAGAAAAUGUAUUAAGUUAUUGAAAAAUAAUGGCAUGACAAUUACAUUGUUUAGAGUACUCCAACAGAAGCCCACAUACAUUGUAGGAUUGGGACUUUUAUUUUGUAUUGAGUACCCUUCUAAGAGAGAAGGAAAGGGAGAGAUCAUCAAGGAGUAUACAAAUACAUCACAGCUUUAGAAAAUGUAUAAUAAGUGUUAAUUCAGUAUUUGCAAGGUAUCUAGAGUGUUUUCACCCAGAUUCCUGAGAAUAUUCAUUUAAAUAUCUAAAAAAGAUUAUAGAGUGCAUAUCUCAAUGUUGUUUUUUGGUGCUUCCCUUAAUACAGCAGUAGGGAACCUUUCUGUUGAUGAACUGUUUGCUUAAGCACCACACAGUUGUGUUAAAGCUAGAUUUUUUUGUCUUCCCAUCUUCUCUGAGGGAUGUCACCACAAAUCUCUUCCUGUGCUGAUUUCUUCUUCCAUAUUUGGAAAUACAUUCAGGACUACAAGGCAAAGGAAUAGAUUACUUAUUCAUAUACCAGAAGAAAUCGGAAGAACUUUAAAAUGCUAUAUUGACAAAGCCAUGCAUACUUAGGUAUCAUUCAGUAAGAGAAGAAUAAGAGACCUAUUAAAUUACUUAUUCAACAGAUAAGGGAUUGACAGAAAACAAAAAUUAAUUAAAAAGGAGAUUUUCUGUUAUUCCAGAAUGUAAAUAACUCAUGGUACAAACAUGAAGGAUAAAUUGUCUAAUCAAAUUUUAAGAGAAGACAGAUUCACCAAAAAGCAAAACCAUAAUAAGACAGAAGGUAAAAGACAAAGGUAUUUGUUCAUCCACUAGCCCAAAAUAUGCAAAUCACAAAGGCAGAUUACAUAGUCAGAGCCCUGAACAAAUUAUCAGACAUUGACCUAUGAAUUUUAGAAUUCCUAAAGUCUUUCUCCAGUAUUCUUAACUUUUAAUGAAUUUUUGUCCCUAACUGUUUAAAUCUUUCCAGAGGAUCUGAAGGAACUCAGGGCAGAAUUAGGUCUAACUAAUCUUUCAUGAAUUUGUUACAAGAAGUGGGCAAGAGUUCAUCUAUUACAUAAUCUCAGUAAAAUAAUCUAAUAGGUUCAUAGGUAGGUACUAGGCUAUUGGCCCUAGGGCCUAUAUAAGUCUAACCAAAAAGGUACCCUAGCU